AUGGGCGACUUCAAUGUACAAGCAGAUAAUAAUUUCGCUCCUGACCUUUAUGCACCAGCUCCCAAGCGCAUCAUCAUCUGCUGCGACGGAAGUGGUCAAUCUGCUGUUUCAGGUCUAGAAAGCAUCCCAUCCAACGUGACACGCCUUUGUCGCUCUAUCAACCCCGUCGGCAUUGACCAGAACGACAAGAAAUGGCAGCAAAUUGUCUGGUAUGAUUCCGGCGUCGGGACCAACUCAGAAGGCCAAGUCGCAGUCGGAAAAGAUCUCGAAGGAAAUGUCAUCGAGGCCUACAACUUUUGUGUUCUGAACUGGAACCACGGUGACCAAAUUUUGUGCUUUGGUUUUUCGCGCGGUGCCUACACUGCGCGUGCUAUCGCAGGCUUGAUCUCUGAUCUGGGUAUCUGCUCCAAAAGCAAUCUUCAAAACUUCCCCGAGGUGUGGAAGCUUUACAAGCAGAGUCACCCGGCGGUUACAGGGAAUCAGUUCUAUGGAAGUGAUGCCUACUUUGAUUGGCAAAAUGGGAAGCCGGCUGAUCCCCAGCCGGUGGGGCUCAUGGCAGCUAGUGACAAUAUUGCCUGGGAAUAUCCCGGCCGUGGUGAGUGGGCCGUUACCCCGGAGUCGAGACAGGUAGAGGUGGUGGGUGUCUUUGAAACCGUCGGUGCCCUGGGAUUCCCUGAGAUAUUUGGGUAUGAGGUGCCCCGUUUUCUUACCCGAGACAAGCCUGAGUGGCACAACGUUGGGCUUUCUCCAAAUAUCAAACACGCAUUUCAAGCACUUGCUCUGGAUGAACAUCGCGCGGCAUUUACACCUACUCUUUUUUAUAUUCCGCCCGUCAAGGAAGCAACGGAUAAAGAAAUCAACGACCAAGAGAAGAAGCUGCAAGAAGCGAUUACGGCUUAUGGCAAUACGUUGACCUCCGACCGUCCUUCCAUUCAAGAAAUAAAAAGUGUGAUCAAGGAGAAAAACAAAGCUGAACGGGAGUUGAUGAGCCUGCAAGAUAGCCUGAAAGAGCGCACCAAGCUGCUACAAGUCUGGUUCCCGGGUGUCCACAUCAACGUCGGAGGUGGAUCUGACCUGACGUUGGAAAACAAGGGAAACAUGGAGGAGAUGUCGAACAUCGCCUUCGCCUGGAUGCUGGACCAAAUCAAAGGAUUCGUCUCACUUAGCAAAGAGAAUUUGAAGACGGAGGAGAAGAUCCGCCAAGAUCGACUCUCGACGAUCAACGACAAACUCCAUUUGUACCAAGAGAAACUCAACCGACAGAAACAGGAGUCGUGGGCAAAGUGGAUUCUGCGAAGUGGUCAACAGGCUGCUUCUUCGGUUUUACACCCAUUCUCGCCAGCCGAAGGAGUGCCCAACUACCUGCAUGAGCGCAAAUACACCUGGGGUCUGGGUGAGUUGCCGGACAACUUUGCCCUCAAGUACUAUGUCAAUGGAUCUCGACCACGCACCCCAGGUCGCUAUGCCAUCGAUAAAACUAAGAAGAAGCUUGGCGAAACAUUUGAGGAGAUUCAUCCCGUCGUGGGCUACCGGGUUCAAAAUACCAAGUAUCGCCCGAUUGGGUUGACAGGGCUUAAUUAUCAACGCCGGAGGAAGGAGGGAGGUGGCUACGAGUACUGCUUCAAAUACCCUGGUUCGGCAGAGUAUGAGAUCUUCUCUGAGUCAAAGCUAUCCGACGAUCUCAAGUCACACGAGAGAAUGGCGGUCGAAGGCCAAGAGGCGCGUGAUUAUGUGGAGGCUCUGAGUAAUGAGAGAAGGGCCUAUGCCAAGAUAGUUAUUUGA